GCUCUUGAGCCAGGCGGCGUGUUUUUGGCUGGGGCGUCUUUGGGGCAGCAGCGCGACGCGAGGCUCUCGUCUCUUCCCCAGUGCAUGCUGGUAAGUGCAAUGUCCUUAUAGCCCUGGAGGACGGCAUGGAAAUAUCCUUGGGGGGAACUGGUGAUGGGGCUAGGCAGCAAAUCUAUCUAUCUAAAUAGGAAAAGAAGUUGUGCCUCCUCCUGUCUUAGGUCAGUGGGACUCGCUCUUUCUUUUUUACGUCCAGCCUGAACUUCUUCAAGGAGUUGUGUGGACGAUCACGGGGGUGUGGCCGGCUCCGGGAGAAGCCUUCUGUUUCUUGGGCUGGAGGGGAAGUUUUGGUGUCUUGGAGGAACAAACUUUUGCCGUCGAUGCUGAAGCGCUUUUUGGCGAUCAGGCAACUAGUGAUGAGCUGUAAGAAGAAUUUGUCUGAUUUAGGGGAACUUGGCCUUCUUUUCUCCACGGUUGCUUCAAGGUGGCUUAUAUAGGGUACCCAGGCGGUCCUGGGUUGCAGUCCUGACCCCCUGUGCUUGGUGUGAGUUACCAGUGACUUCGGCUGGAAGUGGUUUGUGCCCAUUGCCUUGACUGUCAAGCUUUGCACCAUGCGCAUAGUAAGGGUGCGCAAGAUUACAGCCCCCCUCCAACCUGCUCACACACUGAACACAAAGUGGGCUUAUUGCUGAGGAAACUUUCUGAGGCUUCGGCUUUGCCCGACUUCCUUCCCUGAGUUAAAUGUGGACGGUUUGUGGUGAUCAUGAAAUGAAGGCAGCAAUAUUAUCCACACUUACUUAGGAGUUUGUCAGUUAAGGGGCGCCGAGGGAAAUGUUCUGCCAGACUUCCAUAACGUUUUGUUCACCUCGUAUCGAACUAAUGGUCUGAUUGUUUAAGUGGAUGUGAACCCGAGUAGCAUUUGGUUGGAAAAAACCUGUGUUAGCUUUUUAGUUUAUUAUUACAAUCCUCAUCCUCCUCUUCUUGUUAUUAAUGACAUCUGCAUGCUUCAUAACAUAGUUAUUUGAGGGCAUCUUAAAUUACUUCAUCUUAAACUGGCUGUCAAGGAAGAGCUGGCUAUCUAUACAUGUGUGAAGCUGGGGUAGUCAACAUGGUGCCCGCGGUGCCUGCAAAGCUUCUGAGCUCCCUCCUCACUAUUCACCAUGAGAUUGCCAGGAUGCUUCAUCACAUGUCCACUGUCAAGCCAGGAUGCUUACCAAACCCCCUUAUUAAAAAGGAGGAAGUUAGAACAGCGACACUCUUUCCCACUUCUUUAAGUUCUACAGUAUGUACCUUUCAGGGCUCGGCUGAACAGAAAGCAAAGUGACCAAGAGGAAAGGAGGGAGAGGGAAGUGAUCAGGGAAAGGUGGGGAAUAGAGGGAAGGGGGUGAGAAAACGGGGUGCCAUAGGAGUCAAGAGAGAGAGCCCUUGAAGUGCUGUGGAGAGAGAUAAUGAUGGGGUUUGAGGAGAGAGAGAAGGCUGGAAGCAGUAAAAUGGAUUCUCUUGAAAUGUUGUAUUUCUUCACACAUCACCCCCUACACACACACACACACACACACACAAACAAAACCAUCAACUCAAAUAUCAUAUAUCUGUUUUCAUUGACUUUAACAAUCAUGGACCCGAUCUGAGGCACAGAUCCUUAUAAUUUUUACAAGGGAUCCCUUCAGAAUUGACAUCAAAUUAUAGGUCACUUCUGUGUUCACAAAUGUGUUCUGUGCUUUGUGGUUUUACUAUUAUUCUAUGUAAAAAUCACAAACAUACGUGAGGAUCUGUGCUGUGGGCCAAUGUUUCUGGACCUGUGACUUUGAAAAAACCAUGUAAAAUGAUUCGCAUUCCAGAGGAUCUGUUUCACUUCUGCUUUCUGAAUCAAACUUUGGGGCAGAGCCCAUGAAAAAGCAAAGUGUGUGUGUGUGUGUGUGUGUGUGUGUGUACUGCCUCACUUUCUGUCUGUCAAAAGGAAGUGUCACAGGGGAGGGGUGAGAAAAGCAUGGCCUCAUCAAUGUUAACAACUGCUGGUAUUAGUGAUUAGAAAACACUUGUUCAUCAUUUCUUUAUAACAUCAGGGAAAUCCAAAAAGAAGCAAAUAAUCUAUUUUAUAAUCUAUUUUAAUACUGGGUUCUAAUUACACUGAAUUGGAUCUAGUUAGAAUCCAGUAAUUAGAAGUAUGUAUUGUAGCAUGAUGAUAUUACUUUACCCGAACCUUUUAUAUAAUUUCUUCCCCAUUUUUAAAAAACUGGAUUCUCUUCCUUACUUUUCCCUUUCACUUUAUUCUCCUAGGGCCUAAAUGGCUAAAUAGAAUGCUUAUCAAUUAAUUAAGAUCAAUCUCAAAUAGGUGAUGAGUACUUAAAUUGCAGAUUUAAGAUAGCUCCAUUUUAAUUUUAAAAUCAUAACUGAUCUAUUACCUUAGACUUCUCUAUAUUUUUAGGGUGUGUUUGAUUUUUGAAGGAACAUGAUUCCUCAAUCCAGGAAUUGGGAAACAAAAUCAAAUAGGUUUGGGUCGGGACAAUUUCUUUUAAACUUAAAUUUUAUUGUUUUAGUGUAUAUGUUGAAUGAACGUGACAGAAAAUUUACACCAAUAUGUAUUAACAAGUCAGAACUUCAAAUACGGAUGAUAUAACCAAUUUUGGUCAUCCAGAAAACAGUUUGUUGUGGAAGGGAAAUAAUAGGUCUGAUCCAGAUUAAAAUACUUAAACUUGGUUUCCAUUGAAAUCAAUAUGAAAAGUUAGCAAGGGCUGAUUUAAGUCGCAUUCAUUUCAACUAACAUGGACUGUAUCCAGCUCAGUGUUAAAGAAGAACUAAGUUUGAGUAAGCUGUUCCUGUAAAUUUCUAAGUACCGGUAACUAAUUUCCUGUGUGCUUUGGAAGAGUAAGGAGUGUGAAGGCAGUUGUGCAAACCUGUUGUUUCCAUUGCUACUGCAUUUACAGUUAACGGCUCUGAUUCUAAAAAUGAAACAAAAACUUGAAUUUGGAAACAAAGCAUUACUUCCUUCGUGUCUCCUCACAAUCUCUUCUCUAUCCCACCUUACUGGUGUUUCAGAGGAUGCCCCUGUACUUUGCACACACAGUGCAGUGGGGCAAACCAUGUUGACUCCCCCUACGUCUGGCGUCACUGCAGCUUCCCUGGAUGGCACUGGGGUGGGAUGCCCCACAGCUGCCACCAGUGUGCCCAACGUUGCUGCCAUCCUGCCCCACCCUGGUGUCAUCCAGCUAAGCUGCACCACUUUCUGUGUCCAUGAAAGUAGCUCUACCUCACUACACCAGCCAAUACUGAAAAGGACCCCUAUUUUUUCCAGGGUGGCAUUUUUCAAGUUCUCUACACUUUGAUUAUGGCAGAGGCAAUUAAAAAAUAUACUGGCCUGGUUCACACAUUAUCAUAAGGCAAAUGGUUGUUCUUGGGUACAGCUUAGUGAGGAGAGAGCUUAACAAUGAACCUGGGUUCAGACAACAUGCUAAGACAAACCUUGGCUUAGCUGAGCAUGUGUGAGAGUAAAAAAUAUCAGGGAGGAGCAAAGCAGCAGUGAGCUCCUUUCUGGAGACAGUACAUUCAUGAGGUCCUAGUAAACUAUAGGUGAGCUUACCAUGAACCAAGACUGUGUUAUUCUGGUACAAUAUUUCAGAUGGCAGGAUGUUAGCUCCCUUUCUAUACAGUCUUCCAUAGACCCAUGGCAUAGCUCUGUUUUAUAGUAAUUAUAGAUAUUUAUGUAGACACUUGUGUACCCUUUAAGGGGUUUUUUAGGAGCCAUGUAUGAACUGAGACACUUACCAAUUAAUCUAAUGUGCUUGAACCUCUUGUAAAUGGAAGCUGCAGUGUUAUUCAUUUUAUAUGAAAGCAUCUUUUAGGCUUCUUCAAUGCUAUUCCAGCUUCCUGGGAAUAAGUCUGAUGGGGAGUAAGCCUCACUUGGGUUUACCUCUAGGCAGACCUGGAGAGGACUGGGCUGGUUAUGGUUUGAAAUACUUAGACCCAGAAUUGGGUGUGAUCAAAUAUAUAUAUAUAUAUAUAUAUAUAUAAAGUGCUACUAAAAUGUACUGAAGAAUAAAAUGCAACUUUAAACCCACAAAAGGUUUUAACAUACAAUAAAGAUAUGGAUAAAAUUACUACAGUACAAUAAUAUAUUCAGAAAAUCUGAUCUGACAAACAAACAAAAAAUAUCCCAACCCAACACUUUUUGACCCCACAAAGGGUCUUCCUCGGUGUUCAAUGAAUUUGUGACACAUUAUUUGUCACCAAAUUCCACAUGGAUUCAACAUUCAUAGGAAAAGUCUUUGAGUGUAUUCUAUUUGGAUGGAAAUCAUUAGGUUGGAAUUACCCCUUUGACUUCUAUUCCUUUGAUCAACUGGAAUGGCAUCUGAAAUCCUGCAUGUUUUCCUUGCUUGUGACAUCUGCAUUUGAGAGUCUUGUAGGUGGUUGCAUGAAUACGUACAAAUAUACAUCAUGGAAAAUGUGCAGUAUAAACAAGGCAACAAGAAUCUGAGGCGCUCUGGGAAUUUUUGAUUGGUAACAGCUUUUAUUUCAUAAUGCUAUGUGUACAUGCGAUUGUUGUAAUCAUGAGGUUACAGUCACUUGAUAGCAUGUGACUUGUAGGGAUAAUGUGGUGAGAAGUUAGAUAAUAGAAUUAGAGCUCUUUGAAUGUAUGAUACAGUGUUGGUGCUUAGUAAUCUUACCUGCAUACUUGGCUUCUUAGCUGUUAUGAGUCAAGUAGUCAUUAACAAGGAAAUAUAUAAGAUGUGUCUUAUGACUUGCAUUACACCAGUAUUGUAAUGUGUGCAUGUUUAAGGGUUACUGGGAGCUACUUUGAUUCUAGCUUCCAAAAAAUAGUGAAGUAGGACACCUUUAUUUUCAGUUGUUCAUUAGGCGUAACACCUGUGUUUUGUUUUCUGCUAUCAUGAGAAUAACCUAAGCUAUCUUCUCUUCAGUCUUUGAUUACUUUAAUCUGUUGGGAGCCGCCCAGAGUGGCUGGGGAAACCCAGCCAGAUGGGCGGGGUAUAAAUAAUCAAAUUAUUAUUAUUAUUAUUAUUAUUUAAUAUUCUUUGAAGCAUGGGCCUAAUUUUACUCUGCCUCCUAAGUUGGGGCCAAACACACUAAGUUGGGGCCAAACUAGAGGUGACUUGAGAGAUCUAAGGAAAAGGAUCUCCUACACUUUUAAAACAAAUGUUCUUAGCAAGAAGAGAUUCAGACUGGGACCCUGGUGCUGGAGGAGGAGGGAGUAAAACUCUUUCCUCUGCGUCAUUUCCUCAUUUUAUUUCCUUUACCAAAUAAAAGUUAGGGAUGGGGGAAAUGGAGCAGGGCAGAGAAAGCUAAACCUUGCUUUCCCAGUACAGCAAAGUUCUGUAGUUCCCCGGACCCAGAGUGAUUUUCUAUACAGCACACAGAAACCUAGAAAAGUGCUGGCUGAUAUGCAUUCUGAGUUGUCCCUGAAGGGGCACUUAAACAACAAGUCAAACAGGACUCUCAUCAUUUGAACAGUUAGUCCCCCGAGUCUUAAGGCAGCAGCUGUUAAUUGCUUGUGAGUCCUGUCUGACUAGUUCUGUUGUCAUCAGUGUAAGGCAUCCUAAAUAUUCAAACAUCAAUAAAAACAAAGCCAAGGCAGGCCUGAGACAUUCUGGCGCUUCUCAUGCUGCACUUGAAUAUCCUUACAUUGAAGGCAUGGAGGAUACGGAAGAGAACUACAGUAUAAAGGAUUUAUAUGACUUGAGUUGGGUUGUAGGGAAAUGUUUCUGGCAAACCAGAGCAGCGCACGGAAACACUGUUUACCUUCCCGCCGGAGCAAUACCUAUUUAUCUACUUGCACUUUGAUGUGCUUUCGAACUGCUAGGUUGGCAGGAGCAGGGAUUGAGCAAUGGGAGCUCACCCCGUCGUGGGGAUUCGAACCACCGACCUUCUGAUCGGCAAGUCCUAGGCUCUGUGGUUUAACCCACAGCGCCACCUGCGUUCCUCCAGAAGAAACUGUAGAUGUAGCAUAAAGUGCUGGUGGGGCCGAGGACAGGAGUUACAGGCUGGAUGUUCACCCUGUAACCUGAAUGCCUGUUUCUUCAGGGAUAGCCAACAUGAUGCCCUUCAGACGUUCUGGACUACAACUCACCCAUCACAGCCAAUGGUCAGGGGUGCUGAGAGUUGUAAUCCAAAACAUCUGAAAGGCACCAUGUUGGCGAUCUCUGUACAAUUAGCAAUGGCUUUGACUUUCUGUGGCCUAGAAAAAUAGUUCAGUCUGAACAUGUAUCUAGAAAUCUACAUGAUACAUGGAAAAAGGCAGGAGGGAGGGAUGGAGGAGUAUGGGGAAAGCACAGAAGAAGUGUAGAGUGAAAUUAUCAUGCUGAAGUCAAAGUACAUGGUAUGAUUUUGCAUUUCAGCCAAUCUCUUCUCUUUCUUUGUUUUGCCUCAAAUUAUAACAACAUUGCUAUCACCCACCUGCCAGCUAACAGACUUAUGGAUAGCUCCCAAAUACUGUUGAUACUUCAACUGCUCAGUCCUAGGUCUGCUGUAAUGUGCAUAUUUGUUGCUAGUUAAAUCAGAUAUGUCUUCAAACUAUGCAUACAAUGAAAUACACUUUCAGUUUCACACACUAAUGCUGUAAUUUGGUUUGCUUAAAAGUUAAGACAAUUAACAGUAUUUCAUUCCUGAACAAAAUUAAUUUUAUGGUACAAUAGCUUUUCUGUAUCCCAUGUUAACCAAUAUGGAAUGCUCCUCUUGGUUAAUUUACUGGGAGGGGUGGCGCUGUGGGUAAAACCUCAGCGCCUAGGACUUGCCGAUCGCAUGGUCGGCAGUUCGAAUCCCUGCGGCGGGGUGAGCUCCCGUCGUUCGGUCCUAGCUCCUGCCCACCUAGCAGUUCGAAAGCACCCUUAAGUGCAAGUAGAUAAAUAGGUACCGCUUUAUAGCGGGAAGGUAAACGGCGUUUCCGUGUGCUGCUCUGGUGCCGGUUCGCCAGAGCAGCUUUGUCACGCUGGCCACGUGACCCGGAAGUGUCUGCGGACAGCGCUGGCUCCCGGCCUCUAGAGUGAGAUGAGCACACAACCCUAGAGUCUGGCAAGACUGGCCCAUACGGGCAGGGGUACCUUUACCUUUACCUUUAGAGAUCAUUUUACCACACCUUAACUGCUCUGAGUAUAAGGUUCUAGAACUGUGAAUUUGCGUGGGGGGGGGGAUGAUCUCUGGUCAGCUGACAUGUCAAAUAUUGGUCAAGUAAUUUGGAAUAUAUCCACUUUUUUAAAAAAAAAAAAUCACUGAACCGUUCAACUCAGUCUUUUAUGCUGGAACACCAGAGUCCAUCUCUAAUUAUGAAAGGUUGUAUCAAAAAUUAACUUUCUAACAUAUAGAAAGCAAAGUAACAGUAAAUAUUAAACAACAGCUGUUUAAGGCAGUAUGCAGCGGACCACUUCUUGUAAUUUAAUCAGCAUCAUGGCUUCAUGGAAUAUUUGACUGUGGUUAAAUAGGUGGUUGAUUGACAAGACUGAACAUUUUGCCAACAUGUUAACCCUGAUUAAAUUAUCUUGCUGAAGCAGACUCUGAAUAAACCACUUCCAUGUCAUGGCCUGAUGUUACAAUGAUAGAGACAUGAAGGUUGCUGGUUCAGUGCAGUACCAGAUUUAGGGCAGUGUGCAUGGUUCCCCUCCACAGGAUGCCGAGCCAUGGGAGCACAAACAACAACAACAACAUCCUAUAUUUACAUGAGUAGCUACGUAAAGUUAGGUCCCAGUCAGAAGGGCAAUAGAGUUGUGAUUGGGGGGGGGGGUGAUGGGGAGGCAACUUUUGUUCUUGCUCAGGAUGCCCUAUUACCAAAGUCUGCCCCUGGUUUGGUGAGUCUAUUCUUGUCAUGACUUACUCCAGAUCCAACCCAUGGAUAUUGCUGCUUGUAACUAUCACCACUGUGAUAUCACACCCUGGCCACAUGGAAGCAUUUUACUUAUGUCUGUCGCUUGGUUGCCAUGAGAGCCAGUGUGCCGCACAAGGCAGAGUGCCGGACUUAGAUAAUGAGAAUCUGUCUUCCCAUCUCUGCCCAGGCUUUAAGCUCACUGGUGAUCCAGGGCAAGCUACUUUACAAGGUUGUUUUGAUGAGAACAUUGGUUGCGUGGGUGCCACCUUGAUAUAUUUGGAAGGAUAAAAUGUACCUUAUUUAUUCAUUCAUUAAUUCAUCAGGCCUUGGAGGGCAGCCAAAAGGUAUUAACCUAGAGCAUAAUUGUAUUAGAAUAGACUAAUAAAUGUGAUAGAUAGAUAAAUAAAUAAAUGGAUUAAUUAUGCUUAUCUGCAGUAUGCAGCUUUAAACACUGGCCUUGAAAAAAGUUUAUGACGAUGUCAUUUACUUUUGAAUAGGAUAAAGAAGAGGAGCUGUUAAAGGCUAAAUUUCUUUAUCUAAAAACAGCAUAAGCUAUCUCCUGUAGAAUCCUUUUAAAGCAAUUGUGAUACCAUACAGAUUCCCCCUCCCCAAAAUAUCCCAUUGAACUGUAAAGGCUACUUUUGGAUCUGCAAACUAAAUGUCUCAUUUAAAUCAAUGGAUGGAAUGGAAUCAAAGUCUAGUCACUAAUCAAGACUUUAGUUUGUGCUUCUGUUCGAAUAGUAAUGGUAAUGGAAUCGUCAUGGCAAAAUGUCAUUCCUGAUCUUGCCAUGGAAUAUAGACAAGUAUACUGAAUUAUAUAAAGGGCAUGGAGUUUACAACACUCAGUAAUGUUUCAGAAAAGUAGAAUAUUUUGUAAAGUUCAUGAUGCUCCGGUAAAUAUAUUUGGAACAUCAAACACACUGUCUUGUGUGCAAAGCUAUUUAGAUCAUUAAGAGAAGCUUGCUAUUUCUACUAAUUUUUAUUUUCUUAUUUCUGUCCCUAGAGGCCAAAAUGAGAGAUCGACUCUUUGAAUUUUUUGAGUUAUCGAGGCUUUACAGCCAACAUACUCACGAUGAAGAAAAUCAACCGCUCUUACCUCACAACACUCUGCUGUUUGAAACAGAUUAUGCCUUGGCAAGUCUCUUCAAAGAUAUCCAGGCAAUCCGAACGAGCAAUCUCCACCUGAAAGAGGACAUUAGACGCCUGGGCAAACAAAACACUCGCUUCCUCACCUCUAUGCGCCGCUUCAGUAGCAUAAAACGUGACACAAACACGAUUGCGAAAGACAUCAAGGCUCGUGGAGAAGAAAUCCACAGGAAGCUUCAGGUUUUGAGAGACUUCAGUGAAGAUGCAGAAACAAAAUAUGGCUCAAACACAAUCAUAGCCCGUGUGGCCAAGGACCACUAUGUUGAUCUCAUGCAUUCUUUUCAGGAGGCCAUGUUUAAAUACAAUGAGACAGAGAUGAACCAACGGGAGAACUGCAAGAUUAGGAUCCAACGGCAGCUAGAGAUCAUGGGAAAGGAAGUGUCUGGGAACCAGAUAGAGGACAUCAUUGAACAAGGCAGGUGGGACGUUUUCUCUGAGAACCUUCUGUCUGACGCAAAGGGAGCUCGUUCGGCCUUGAACGAGAUAGAGACCCGGCACAAAGAGCUGAUGAAGCUGGAGUCCCGAAUCAAGGAAGUUCAUGAACUCUUCUUGCAGGUAGCCCUGCUGGUAGAAGAACAGGCAGACACCUUUGAUAUUAUUGAGCUUAACGUGCAUAAUGUUGAAGAAUAUGUUGGAGAAGCUAAAGGUGAAGUGAGGAGAGCUCUCGAAUACCGAAGGAAGCAUCCUUGCCGAACAAUCCUCUGCUGCUGCUUGCGAUGCUGCAAAAUUUGAUUGUCCUCAUGAAAUUACUAGAUAAGUGUUUUGGGGACACUCUCAGAUUCGAAGACACUUAAAGUUUGUGCUCAGUUUGAGAGAAAUUGCUCUAAAGCAGUGUCCUUUUGUUUCCUUAUGUUCAUUAAUGACUCUGGUGCACGUAUUGCAGCUUGUACCAAAAGCCAAAGGAUAUUGGCGAGUUGUCAUGUAUUCCAGUAUAAUGGAAGGUAAAAUUAACCUGGUCUGCAACAUUACUGCAAAAUUACACAUACACCGGAGCAUAUACAAAGCAAAGGAAAUGUUGACCAGGUGUAGAAUGAAUUUCUCCUAAAUUAAUGCUUUCCAUGAAAUUUAAACAACAAUCUGCAUAGACUUUAAAGUAAGCAGUGUUGUGGCCAGUUGUUUUUUCCUGGAUGAAAGAAAAAAGUACAAAAUUACAGGUGUGAUUCUCAGUAAUGUUGUUUAGAAAACUAGCAUGUGCACAUGAUCUGAGAAUUUUGAUACAAGAUUUGUUGUAAUUGUACACAGCAUAUACUUAUUUUUUUAUAUAUGUUCUGAUAUUUCUGUAUAUUAAAAUAAAUGUGGAAGCCUUAACUAUCUUUUUGUUAGUGUAUAAAGAAAGAUCUUG